AUGUCCAACCCGCCUUUUACGGUCAAAUCGGUCUUCGAGUAUGCUUCGGGCCACGAUGACGACCUCAGUUUCCCAAUCGGACAAAUUCUUACCGUCACCGCUGUGGAGGAUGCCGAAUGGUACUAUGGUGAAUACACGGACGGGUCCGGGGUCAAACAAGAGGGCAUCUUUCCCAAGAACUUUGUCGAGCGCUAUGAGCCUCCGGCUCCUCCGCGCCCGACGCGCCCUAACAGGCCCAAGAAGGAAGCUGAACCGGCACCGGUUGAAUCCCCUCUUACUGUGAGCGAACGUCAACCCGAAGCGGAGCCCGAUGUUGCGGAGCAGCCCGCAGAGGCCGACAAGGACGUGGUUGUCCAGCAGCCACCUCCGCCUCUGUCCCCGCGCGUCGCUUCAAGUCCUGCUAUUGAAUCUCCGACCUCGCCUUUGCAGCCGGCUCAAGCACCUAUGCCUGUCGUCACCACCGCCGCUCCUCCCGUUAAGGCCUCCUCGAAGCCCCCGCCCCCGGCCGUAGCGGAGAAGCCUUCCGGCUCAUCUUUCAAAGACCGUAUCGCCGCCUUUAAUAAGCCCGCCGCAUCGCCAGUUGCGCCCUUGAAACCUGCCGGCUCGCAGUCAAGUUCGUUUAUCAAGAAACAGUUUGUGGCUCCUCCUCCAAGCAAGGACUCGUUCGUGCCUCCGCCAAGGGACCCCGCUCCCAAGGUCUAUAAAAGAGAGGAAGACCCGGAGUUGAAGGAACAGCUGACUCGCGAGCCACCGAUUUCCGAAAGUCGGCCUCCGCCGCCUCCUGUUCAGCAAGAGUCGACAGAGAGCGCCGAGGAUCAGCCAAAGCCCACCAGCCUUAAGGACAGAAUUGCUCUUCUUCAGAAGCAGCAGCUAGAGCAGGCCCAGCGUCACGCUGAAGCUGUCCAAAAGAGAGAGAAGCCCAAGCCUUCGAAGAAGUCACUUGAUCUGCCCUCGGAACCCGUCGCCGGAGAGCCCGAAGAGGCCGAGUCACCUGUUGAACCAUCAACAACCGGUCGGGAUCCAAGUGUCGAUACCGUACGAGCAAAGGCUCCUCCAGCUCUUUCGGCCCCCUUCUCGCCGACGGCGGAGAUUGCCAGCGAUACUAACGAUGCUGACUAUUCCGCCGCGGCGGACUCCGAAGAUGCAGGAGAAACAUCUGCUAGCAAGGAUGACGAGGAGGAGCCUGCCGAGCAACCGUCGACUCAUGCGGUUGAGUCAAAGGGAGAAGAGGCUGAUGAGGAGGACGAGGAGGAGGAAGAGAUGGACCCUGAGACCCGACGCCGACUGGAGCUACGUAAUCGCAUGGCCAAGAUGAGUGGUGGCAUGGGCAUGAUGGGCCUCUUUGGUCCGCCAGGCGGUAUGCCAGGCAUGUCUGCUCCUGCGCCCCGGAAAAUGAAGACUCCUAGCGAAUCAGAAAAGAAGCUCGAAGAACCGACUUCACCUGGCAUUGCUCCUCCUGUCCCUCUGCCGGGAAUGAAUAUCAACACUAGGCCCGUUCCUCCUCCUGCCGAUGUGGAGCAAGAGGAAGAGGAACCGCUAGUGACUCCCAUUACUGAGCAGCAUGCUUCUCGAGACGUGCCGGACGUCGAGGAGGUCAUCCAUGAUGGCGCAUCGCCGUCUGUUCCUCGUCGCUCUACCGACAGACCUCGCCCGCCACCUAUUGCGUCGCGACCUGUUCCGGCUCCUCCUGUACCAGUCGAUAUGCCAGCUUCACCCCCGCCAGUCCCAGGAGGUCGACCGGCUCCUCCCCCGAGACCCUCAGCAGGCGAUGAAUCCGAUGAUGAGCUCUCCUUGCAUGCCGGGAACUCGUCUUCAAACCACCCAGCAAGCGGACCACCUCCGGUGCCUGCACCCGCGCUUCCUGAUCAUAUUGAUGCCCGUCGUUCCUCGACCUAUGACUCUCUCCCACCUGUUCCAACCCCGACUGCUGAAAAGAGGGCAAGCCGUCUACCCCCUCCGAUACCAUCAAAUCUACCGGCACCGCCAGCGCAGAGCCGCGCCGCCGCCCCACCACCACCUCCUGGUCAAAUCCGCCGACGAUCUACUGCCGAUAGUCGUAUAAGUGCCACGUCUGCUCCCCGGCAGGCUGGUGAGGACGUCGAAGGAGAGGUCACCGAGUACGAUGGGGACUACGACACUGAUAUUGCGUCGGGUGCCAAAUUCAAGGAUGCCUUGAGAUCACAUGAGCGUGAUUCCAGCUUCGAUGAGGGUACAAUAAACGAUGAUCACUCACUUCAAUCCCCACGGAGCCCAAUGGAACACAGACAGCCCCCCACCGGUCCCUUCAGGGGAGCUCCUCCGCCGCCUCCAAGCCAGCCGCCUCGGAACGCUAGGGUUUCGAUGGACACACCUCGAGGCCCUCCCCCGCCCCCACCCAACCAAGAGCCAAUAGCUGGUGAUGAAGAUGAAGAAGAGUACGACCCGUUCAAUUAUGCCGCUCCUCAACAUGGUCUGCCCACUCCCCCGCCUCAUACUACCGGACUCCCAGAUGCGCCGCCCCCUCCACCUCCGCAUCAAGAGCCUGAAGAAUAUGAUGAUAUGUAUGAUGCGUCUCCAGUCCAAACCCCAGCAAGCGAGAAGCCGCCUACAUCACAACAUGAAAAGAGGCUUUCUUUGGCACCACCACCUCCUAUGGCUUCGGCUUCCGGUAUGCCAUCCCCAUCGACAAGUCGAGGUCAGCGAGCUUCCAUGGAUAUGUUGAGAGGUCCCAACAUUCGACGCUCCAUGGACGUUUCUCGUCCCUCUAUUGACCAGGGUUACAUCGCCACUGAAGUUGAUCUUGGAGAGUCUACUCUUUGGUGGACGCAGCCCAAUACCCCCCCUCCAGUCUUCCAAAAUCGAAAAGACAUUCUUUUCGAAGUUGAAGAGUCAUCUUCGUCAAAACGGGGUAGGAAGACAACUGUGUCCAAGGACGUCUACAUUUUGUUCAUUGACUACUCUCAGACUGUUGUGACUGUGCAGUUCGAUGGCAAGAACCCCGCGGAUGCCAUCCUGGAGCAGCGUCAUGAAGCUCCACCACUUCAGCUCCGCCAGGACCAACUAGAACAGGCCCAUAACCAGCUCGGAACUCGCAUCUCUGACUCCGUAAAUGCCAUUCAAAACUCGACUGUCGGCGAUGGCACCCCAUUCGGGCUCGUCCAGCAUCUGCUGAACCCGCUUUCUGAUGCGCUGCUUCCUGUUGGAACCCGAGCCUAUGGUGCUUUGGUAUACUCCAACCUGGCUAAUGCAUCGGUCUCUCAAAAUGAUGAAAUCCGCGCUGGUGAUAUCGUCAGCUUCCGCAAUGCCCGUUUCCAAGGCCACCGAGGCACUAUGCACCAGAAGUACAGUGCCGAAGUGGGCAAGCCUGACCACGUCGGCAUUGUUGUCGACUGGGACGGUACGAAGAAGAAGAUUCGCGCCUGGGAGCAGGGACGCGAGAGUAAAAAGGUGAAGAUGGAAAGCUUCAAGCUGAACGACCUGCGCAGUGGAGAGUGCAAGGUCUGGCGAGUGAUGCCUCGUAGCUGGGUUGGCUGGGAACCUUCCAAAUGA